AAUUGUUAGUAAGUAGGCGCCAAAAACAGAGUCAGUAGUCAGUAGUCAGUCAGUCAGUGUUAGACGUUCUUUGGUGCAGGUUGUGCCAACUAUUUCGCCGUAGGCUUGAGAAACACACGCCUGCUUACCACGUGGAUCGUGUAUUUAAUAUUCUUGUGUUUGUGUUCAGGCAAAUCUGUUAAAUAUAAAUAAAGUGUUUUUUGUUGAUUUCUAAAAUUCUAAACAAAGCGCAGCGGGAAAAGUGAUAGGAUAUAUUUUUUAUUUCUGUUAGAAGCCUUGAUUUUGUGCAAUUUUUGUGGGAAAUUUGUGAUUCUAUUUUAUAAAUAGGAGAGUUUUAACUUUUAAGUGAUAUAAUAUGUCUAUUGACCAUUCUACAAAACGGAGGGAUGAGGAUGAAGACAGCGAAACACCCCCUCCUCCAGAUGGUGGAUGGGGAUGGAUGGUUGUUUUUGGAUCAUUCAUGAUACACGUUGUCACCGACGGAGUCACCUACUGUUUUGGAAUAUUCUACGACGAAUUUUUGGAUUACUUUCAAGAAGGCAAAGGGCUAACAUCAUGGAUCCUCUCAAUUUUAGUCGGAGUUACGCUGUGUUCAGGGCCAUUAUCCAGCUACUUCGUCAACCGGUACGGAUGCAGAACAGUUACAAUAGCUGGUUCUUUACUAGCUUCAGCAUGUCUAGUGAGCUCGUUUUACGCAAAAAAUGUGCUAACAUUGUGCCUCACAGUUGGUAUUGGUACGGGAACAGGCUUCGGGCUGAUCUACCUCCCUGCUAUCGUUAGUGUUACCACUUAUUUUGAGAAGAAACGUUCCCUAGCCACCGGCAUAGCAGUGUGCGGUUCCGGAUUCGGUACCUUCCUAUUUGCUCCAAUCAUAUCCAAGUUGCUUGAAGCGUACGGUUGGAGGGGGUCAAUUUUGAUCAUAGGAGGAAUCAUCCUGGAGUGUAUAUUGUUCGGAGCACUGUUUAGACCAUUAGAGGAGAUCAAUGGAGAAAAGGGAAAGAAACUAAAGUUGACAGAGGCGAAAGUUGAUCUACACAUUUCUGAACACGAUCUACCUCAGCUUACCACCAGUCUACCGCCACAAAACGGUCAGUAUGGUGGGUCAGGUGGGUACGGUACCAUGAACGGUAAUGGCAACGGCAACAUGCACCGUCCCCACAGCGUGGCGCAUUUCACCAUGUCCAAAAACACCAAACACGAACUGAACGGGAACAUUCCUUCAUCUGGCAAAUACCUCCAAAACGACAUUACCAGAUUGGCGCUCAGUCAGCCUAUGCUAACACAAUCAGAGAACAGAUACAGACAACAUUAUCAUUUCGGAAGCCAGAAUUGGAGGAAGCACGGCCCGCUGGAUAGGCCAGAUAUAUUUUAUCAGGGAAGUCUGAUGAACAUUCCAUCGUAUAGAUCCAAAUUAAGUUUAAGGAGAGGUGACGAAGGAGAAUUCAUGGAGCGUCCCCCAUCAACGACAUACAGCAAAAGGCACGAAACUGAGUCUCGAAAAUUAUGCGGAUGUCUUCCAUGCAGCGAUGAGGUUCGAGAAAUGUUGGACUGUGCUCUAUUGCGCGAUGUUAUAUUCUUAAUAUUCUCCCUCAGCAAUUUAUUAACCAGCAUCGGAUUCAACGUGCCCUACGUGUACCUGGUACCCAAAGCAAAGGAUUUGGGAAUGACUAAAGAAAAAGCGGGCAUGCUGAUCUCCGUCAUCGGUGGAGCGAAUACUGUAGGGAGGAUAGUACUAGGGUAUAUUUCAGAUAAGCCUUGGAUCAACAGACUGUACAUAUACAACUGGAGCCUUACGAUUUGUGGGGUCGCUACUUUUACUAGUGCCUUCUGUAGUAGUUUUUACACUUUGGCCAUAUACAGCGCCGUCUUCGGUUUCACUGCCGGCGCCUACGUCGGACUAACAUCCGUCAUUCUCGUCGACCUUCUGGGCCUGGAAAGCCUCACCAAUGCCUUCGGUCUGCUACUGCUCUUCCAAGGGAUUGCCUCUUUGAUAGGACCACCCAUAGCCGGAAGUCUGUAUGAUGUGACGGGAUCGUACAAUCCAGGGUUCAUAUUAGCAGGAACAGCGAUAGGACUUAGCGGUAUAAUUCUAUUCACCAUUCCUCCAAUACAGAGAUGGCAGGCCAAAAGGAGACAGUCCAAGCAGAUCAGCAUCAGCUUGUAACAGCUACGCAUCCAAAUAACGAGCUCUGUUCCAGACUCAUUGAUUUUUAUUAAAAAUGAUAUUUUUUAUAAAGUGUAUCGGAGUUGGCGAUGAAGUUGUAUUUUUAUUGAGACAGUAUGAUAUUAUUUACGGUUGAAAGAGAUUUGUGACAUUAAGUAAAAUUAUUAGAUAUGGUUAUUAGUUAUCAUCAUCAUGUACAAAUACUUAUAUCGGCAUAAAACUAUUUAACUGCAGUUUUCGGUUGGAUAAAGUAGUCUAAGAGCUAAUGAACCCUCCGCCUUCCUGUAAGGCUAGAAAUUUGUAUAGUGAUAAUUCAUAUCACACCAAGGCUAAAAACCAUGACCUGGCAGGCAUCAGUCAUGCACGUGUAUCUACCAGGUGAAUCGAAAAGUGCAUAGUUAAGGGAAAAAAACUUUCUCCUGUAAAGUUUAAAUUUAAGUAUGUGUUUAAGUAAGUCAUUUAGAAGAAAUGUGUACCCAGACAGGCGAUUCUGAACAGCAUAAGACCUUGCCAGGCGAGGGGAAAGAUUAGGGUUUUCUUCUAAAAUUAUUUUUUUUUCAUCCAAUAAAGUUUUAUUAGGUUUUUUGAAUCAUUCCAAACAGAAACGGUCUUUAGUGACUUUUCUCUUAGGUUAAUAGUUUUUGACAUAUUAUAAGCGAUAAAAAAUAAAAAAAAUGCGAAAUCGGCCAUUUUUAACCCCGAAUCGGACAUUUAAUUGAAAAUUUCAAUGUUGCCAAUGUAGGUAGAUAAUAUUCUUUAAAUAUCGAUUGAUAAAAUCCCGAAGAGUUUUUUGCAAUACAAUAUCGAAAACCCCUUUGUUUUUUAAUUGCUAAUAAUCAAGCGGGCGCGACACUGUAGUAUAAGUGAGGACGUUUGAGUUUGCAUAAAUUCAUUACCUCGAUAAUGGGCAAAUUUGA